AUGGCGCCUGGGCGCGCCGCCCCUGCGCCAGCCAAAGGCGCGCCCCUUUGGAGGACCUGGUCGGCGCCCGUCGGCGCGCACUUUUUCAAAAGUGGCGCCGACAACCCUACCCAUUCGGCAUUGCUGCAUCAUUCCAGCCAGAUCCGUUCUACAUCACCGGAAGAACCUGCGAGAAAAUGUUUGCGCAGGUUUGCGCUCAAAUGCGAGACGAUCAAGUGGGAGAGCAUCCCAGUGUGA